ACCUGAAGGAAUCACAAUCUAAAUGAAUCCUAGUUAUUACAUCAUAAAACCUGACUCAUACUGGUCUGUGUGUUUCUGUCCCAGGUUCCUGCCAACACAUCUUCAUCUUCAUCAUCAGGGAGACGCCAUGAGGCAGCUCAAAGGCAAACCUAAGAAAGAGACCUCCAAGGACAAGAAGGAGCGGAAGCAGGCCAUGCAGGAGGCGCGGCAGCAGGUGGCCACGGUGGUGCUGCCCACGCUGGCCGUGCUGGUGCUCAUCAUCGUGGUCUUUGUGUACGUGGCCACGCGGCCCGGGGCCAUGGAGUAGACCCCCCAGGGCCAUGGAGUAGACCCCCCAGGGCCAUGGAUUAGACCCCAGACUGUGGAAGGACAUGAACUCCUGCCCUCACCAGUGUGUCCACACCUAGGACCCCUGAGCCCUGGGACCCCCCCCCCCCACUAAGGACCCCUGAGGCCUGGGACAACCCCUCCCCACACACACACACACACACUAAGGACCCCUGAGCCCUGGACAACCCCCCCACCACCACCACCUUGGGACCCCUGAGCCCUGGGACCGGCCCCUCCCCUCCCCACUUGUCCACCACUUGUCUUAACUGAAGCCUCCUCCAAAGAGCACCGCUUUGCUUUAAGCAGAAUGAGCUGCAAAACAAACCCCAGAAGAAUCAAACUAACCUACAAACAGCCCCCCCCCCCCCCCCCCCGUGCCUUCAGAAGACCCACGUCCUCGUCUCAGAUCAGCGUCAGUUCUGAUGAGGUCGUACAAAGUGAUGCAAUAUCAGCGUACCAAAGCCUGCCAAAGAUGAGCACAGGUGUCAGCCCUCGUCCAAACAUGUGCACGGUCCAAACCAGGGGUGUCGAACAUGUGGUCCGCGGCCCAAAACCGGCCCGCCAGACGGUCCACUCCGGCCCAUGGGAUGAAUUUGUAAAAUGCAAAACUUACACUUGAGAUGUUAAGGAUCAAACAUGUCAAACUCAUUUUAUUUCAGGGGCCACGUACAGACCAGUAUGAUCUGAAGUGGGUCCAACAAGUCCAGUACUAUUAUUAUUAUUAUUAUUAUUAUUAUAGCCUUUCAUUAAUGACCACUCCAGAUGUUUCUUUUUGACCCCGCCCCCCACAGGGGAGGCAAGGGGUGUUGUUUUUGGUCCAGUUUGUUAAGACUUUAGCAGCAAAAAUAUUGGUUGAAUUGACACCAAACUGGGUUUAUAGAUUUCCAGUGACCCAGAAUAGAUGAGAUUACA